CCCCAUCAGCUGGCCAUGGCGGCUCACGUUUCUUCUGGCGAUGUGGCUGUCACUGCAACACCAGCCCAUGCUUGCUCCCUCCCUCCCUCCCUCCCUCAUGUCAUCUCUUGUCGCUUCAACGUCGUAGCUCAGGCACCCAUUCCUGUGCAUCGGAUGGCCCUCUGCCCUGGCUCCCCAAGGAAAAAGACCCUCUCCAAGAUGUUGGUGCUGCCGUCAGCCACACAGCUUCUUGACACAAUAUCCUGAUAAAUGUUCAUCACACCACCUCCUCGUAGACCCAGCCUAGUUUCUUCCCCAUGGAACGCAGUGCAAGGUUCAAUAUGGACCACGCCCACCGAGGCUCGGACCACAUCAUACUGGUGCAUGUAUCAGAGUACACUCACCUGACUCAGGCCCCAGCCUUGCUGACAGACCCGGUAGUCGUGGUAGAACUCAUCAAAGAGGAAGAGGUCAAGGUCAAACACCUGGUUGACAAAUACAGUGAAACGAUGAAGAAAAUCCAUGUGGGCGGCAAGGUGAAGCAGAUGACAGGCAAGGUUGGGGAGGCGAUCAUCGAGGCUGCCAAGGGAGAGAAUGCUGCAAUGAUUGUUGUCGGAACUCGGGGCAUGGGCAAGAUGAGGAGGACAUUUCUGGGCAGCGUCAGUGACUAUUGUCUACAUCACUCCCCAGUCCCGGUGCUUGUGUGCCGACAUAAACCAAUGAAUGAACACAAGAAAUAGGUCAACAAUACCUUACAUGGACAAGUGUACAAGUUCUUGUGUUUCCCAAUUGAAUGCGGAAUAACUAUAUGAGGAGAGGCAAUCCAAAAACUGGUCACAGACGCUACUUAGGACCGGGUGAUAUUUGCAGCAAGAAAUAGGCACUUGACCGUACCCAUAAGUUGUGUGAUAUAAAUAUGUGAUGU